AUGAGAAAGUCCCUGGGGUCCAUCAACUCCAGGCCCCAGCUCCUAGCGAAGAGUGGAAGGUACGUGCUGGGGUACAAGCAGACGCUGAAGACGAUCAGACAGGGCAAAGCGAAAUUGGUCAUCCUCGCUAACAACUGGCCAGCGUUGAGGAAAUCUGAGAUAGAACGCUAUGCUACAUUGGCCAAAACUGGUGUCUGUCACUAUAGUGGCAAUCAUAUUGAAUUAAGCACAGCAUGUGGGAAAUACUACAGAGUAUGCACACUGUCUGUCAUUGAUCUAGGCGAUUCUGACAUUAUUAGAAGCAUGCCAGAGCAGACUGGUGAAAAGUCAACUAUGUAA